CAUGCCCGUGUCAAGGAUGCGCAUGAGGCCCUGGCUGGAAAUGCAGAUUAACUCCAAUCAAAUCCCUGGGCUGAUAUGGAUCAACAAGGACAAGAGGAUGUUCCAGAUCCCGUGGAAACAUGCAGCCAAGCACGGCUGGGACAUGGAGAAGGACGCCUGCCUAUUCCGGAGCUGGGCCAUCCACACAGGAAGAUACAAGAUUGGGGAGAAGGACCCCGACCCCAAGACGUGGAAGGCCAAUUUCCGCUGCGCCAUGAACUCCUUGCCCGACAUCGAGGAGGUGAAGGACAAGAGCAUCAACAAGGGCUCCAGCGCAGUCAGGGUGUACCGAAUGCUGCCGCCCCUCACCAAGGACCAGAAGAAAGAGAGGAAGUCAAAGUCAUCAAGAGAAGCGAGAAACAGGAGCAAGAGAAAGUCGUAUGAAGACCUGAAGACGGAGGAGUCGGUGGAAAGACUAACGAACACCGCUCUGCCGGACGACCACAGCGCUUACACUGUGCAUGGCUACACGGGCCAGGAGGUGGAGGAGAGCACCUCCAUCACCCUAGACCUCUCGCCCUGCGAGGUGAACUGCUCGCUCACUGAGUGGAGGACGCCCAUGGAAAUUGCCAUGGCCGACAGCACCAACGACCUCUACCAGCUCCAGGUGUCCCCCCUGGCUUCGUCCUCAGAAGCAGUCACGGACGAAGAUGAAGAAGAAAUGAAGUCGGAGAUUUUCAAGCUGCUGGAGCCGGCGCCGGAGUGGCACGCGACCAGCGUCGGGGGCAAAGGCUACCUCACCAACGAGCCCGGCUCACAGAGCGGCCCCGGCACCUUCGUCUACAAGGAGCAGGAUGCCGAGAUCGACACCACGUCAGGAGAGCUCGAGUUCCGAUUCUUCGAGCAGAAGAGCAGCCUGGACUUCUCCUGGCUGGAGACGGUGCGGCCCCCGCUGCAGGCCAUCUCCUGUGGCUUGUAG